GGCGCCAGGGACCGGGACAGUAGUGGGGAUCCGCCUCGGUUUGUCCGGCUAACUCAUCCCGAGCGUUUCGCCUCUGGUCUCUGCUCGGCUCCGACGCCGGCUCGGUGAUGAGCCGGUGCGCCGAGGCGGCGGCGGUGGCGGCCACGGUGCCCGGGGCAGGUGUCAGGGACGCGGGGCUGCGGCCGCCCAUGGUGCCCCGCCAGGCGUCCUUCUUCCCGCCGCCCGUGCCCAACCCCUUCGUGCAGCAGACGCGGAUCGGUGCGGCGCAGCGCGCGCAGAUUUUUCUUCUUGGCAUUAUCCUGCUUCCACUUCGUGCAUUACUGGUUGCAGUAAUUGUGUUACUGGCAUGGCCAUUUGCUGCCAUUGCCACAGCAUGCUGCCCUGAAAAGCUAACCCACCCAAUAACUGACUGGCGAAGGAAAAUCACUCAGCCAGCUUUGAGAUUUCUGGGUCGUGCCCUGUUCUUCUCAAUGGGAUUCAUGGUUUCUGUGAAAGGAAAGAUUGCUAGCCCUUCUGAAGCACCGAUCUUUGUUGGUGCCCCUCAUUCAACAUUCUUUGAUGGAAUUGCCUGUGUCAUAGCUGGGCUGCCUUCUCUGGUAUCGCGAAAUGAAAAUGCACAAGCCCCUCUAGUUGGAAGACUGUUACGGGCUGUGCAGCCAGUUUUGGUAUCCCGUGUAGACCCAGAUUCCCGGAAAAACACAAUAAAUGAAAUAAUCAGGAGAGCAACAUCAGGAGGGGAAUGGCCCCAGAUACUAGUUUUCCCAGAAGGUACUUGUACUAAUCGUUCCUGUUUGAUUACUUUUAAACCAGGAGCCUUCAUUCCAGGAGUUCCAGUGCAGCCUAUCCUCCUCAGAUACCCAAACAAGCUGGAUACUGUGACCUGGACAUGGCAAGGAUAUACAUUCCUCCAGCUUUGUGUGCUUACUUUCUGCCAGCCCUUCACCAAGGUAGAGGUCGAGUUUAUGCCUGUUCAAGUACCAAGUGAUGAAGAAAAACAUGAUCCUGUGCUUUUUGCCAGCAGAGUCCGGAAUUUAAUGGCAGAAGCUCUGGGAAUACCAGUAACAGAUCAUACCUAUGAAGACUGUAGAUUGAUGAUUUCAGCAGGACAGCUAACAUUGCCUAUGGAAGCUGGAUUGGUUGAAUUUACUAAAAUUAGCCAGAAAUUGAAAUUAGAUUGGGAUGGGAUUCGUAAGCAUUUGGAUGAAUACGCAUCUAUUGCAAGUUCUGCAAAAGGUGGAAGAAUUGGAAUUGAAGAAUUUGCAGAGUACUUAAAGUUACCUGUUUCGGAUGUCUUGAGACAACUUUUUGCACUCUUUGACAGGAACAAUGAUGGCCGUAUCGAUUUCCGAGAGUAUGUGAUUGGCCUGGCUGUCUUGUGCAACCCUGCUAACACAGAGGAGAUCAUCCAAGUGGCAUUUAAGCUCUUUGAUGUUGAUGAGGAUGGCUACAUAACAGAGGGAGAGUUUUCCACCAUUCUGCAGGCUUCUCUUGGAGUGCCUGACCUUGAUGUUUCUGGUCUCUUCAAGGAAAUUGCCCAAGGGGACUCUAUUUCCUAUGAUGAAUUCAAAAGUUUUGCCCUGAAGCAUCCAGAAUAUGCCAAGAUAUUUACAACAUACUUAGACCUCCAAACGUGCCAUGUGUUUUCAUUGCCAAAUGAAGUCCAGACAGCUCCCUCUGUUGCAAGUAAUAAAGUCAGUCCUGAGAAUCAUGAAACGAGUACCUCAGACAAAAAGGAAGACUGAAAGUGGUCCUGCCAUGCAGCAAGCUCAGUUGUUUUUGCUUAAAAUUGUAAAGGCAUUUAUUGAAAAUACUGUAAAUUUGCUUGUAGAGCGAUGAUGUUUAACAUGGAAAACUUUCCAAUAAAACUGAGAGAUUGUGUUAUUAAAAU